AUGACCUGUGAAGUCGAAAAGCACCGCUGCAUCUACAGAAAAACGUCAUACUUCAUACAAAUAUCGUCCACACACAUGCCGCUCUUCCACUGGUGCACUCUCUCAUUCUCGUAG